AUUUCAUCUGACUAAAUUUUCAAGUGCCAUGAGCCAAUUAAAAAUCCACGCUACUCUAGCGUCGACAAUUGCGCGGUGAAAUACAAAACUGACAUGAUCGUUUUAUUUCUAAACAGUAUUCGAGACAUCGUCAACAUAAACAGUGGUCGUCACAAUGCCGACCGAGCGUUCUCCCCUUUUACACAGUAAAUUAUCCCCCAUUAUCGAGCAGUCCGCCACCAGUUUCAGCACCGAUGGACGAUCAUCUCCGCCAGCACCGUCGAAACGAUUCGAAACGCCCGACGAUGCACUGCACAUGAUCGGCAAUCCCGGCCGUUUUCACUAUAUACAGUUUUUUGCCCUGUGUCUGCAGUUCACUCCUCUGCUCAUGUCGGAUCUGAUUCCCAUCUUUUACAAUCUUCCCCCACAGGAAAUCUACUGCAGCCACAUUGUGGCCGCUAAUGCGACGGGUGCGAAUUUCAAACCCGAUAUACCACAUCACAUCGGAUAUCCGGGGCGAAAUGUGACCACGGACUACUGCGACUGCAAUGGAACGUUAACCUUUGUUUACAAAGACCGGCAAACUUCUAUUAUUGGAGAUAUGCAACUAGUGUGCUCGAAAAAAUCACUGCCGGAUUUUACUACAACGCUUUAUUAUGUUGGAUCGGCGGUUGCUGGGCCACUUGUAGGAUGGAUAUCCGAUCACUUUGGACGUCGUCCAGUUCUGCUUGUGGCCAGUAUAGUCUUCGUUGGUAUUCAUGUAUCGCUGGUGUUCGUGCGUAACUUCGUGCUGUUCACAAUACUGAGAUUUUUGGCAGGAGUUGGCAGAGUGGGGAUGUUUAGCACCGCAUAUGUGCUGCUUAUGGAAUGGAGUCCACCGAAUCGGCGGACACUGGUGGCGGCCGCCAGUGAAUUUUUCUUCCCGUUGGGAGUUAUGACUCUGGCUGUCUGCUCGUCCUUCAUACAGCGAUGGGAUCUGAUUCAGGCGUUUUUGGCAGCUUUUACCUGCAUCGCCUUAUUGAAUGUCUGGUUUGCUCCCGAAUCGCUUCAGUGGCUAAUCGUCAAUGGUCAGAUAAACAGAGCAGAGGAAACAAUCCGAAAAAUUGGAUAUCUGAACGGUCAUGACGUUUCCGAGAACGAUGUUUCCGGUCUGGCUGUUAUCGCACAGAAUACUCUAAGGGAACAAGAAACGUCCCACAAAUACACCGUGGCCGAUUGCUUUAGAAUUCCUAAAAUCAGAAAAUUUACCUUUCUUAUCUCAUUCGUCUGGUUUGCCACUAAUUUUGGUUACUCUGGAUUAUCUUUCCUUAUCGACAAUUUUUCUGACAACAUCUAUACAGAUUUAUUGGUUGGUGGAGCUCUGGAAUUGAUUCCUUGCCUUUUAGCUACGGUUGUCGCUUUAAGAUCUGGGAAAAGAUAUCCAAUGACCGCAUUCUUUGUCGCUGCCGGUGUUCUAGCCAUUUCCGGAGGACUGAUAACUGCUAGUCGGCUGAAAGUAAUCUUGGCCCUGUUAGCCAGGAUGUCGCUUGUCGGCAGUUACUGCUUGAUGUUUUUAUACGCUGCUGAACUCUUUCCCACGCAAAUACGCAACAGUGGAUUUGGUGUUGGAUUUUUAUUUUUUAUGGCUGGAGGAAUGUUAUCUCCCAGUUGUCCUUGCUUACACGCUACGCCUUCUCGGGACUUCCUAUUGUUAUCAUUGGAGGAGUAUCGAUUCUGGGUGCCGCAGCGGUGAUGUUUUUGCCGGAACACACUGAUCCCAGUGUGCUACAUGUCUUUUAAUAAAAGGACAUCUACUGGUAGAAUUCUCAUGGAUUACGCCCGCAGUUUAACUAGCAUGGUUUCACAUUAAUACGAGUAUAGCUCCGGUAUGAAGUUCUCAGUUUUGCUUUUUUAAGUGCUUUUCGAUAAUAACUGCACUGAACAAACUUGUGGAGACUCUGUUCUGUGAUUUUGGCUGACAGCCUGAUAAUGAUACACUGACACAACUCAUCUUAAUAAUUGCUUUCUAACAAGUAUUCUUAAAAUAUGACCUUACCGGAAGGCAGAAGCCAUGAAAUUAGGCAUGUGCAUAUACGCGGAAUU